CACACUGUAAACUGGUGGGUGGCAUUCCCCAAGCAACAGGCACGCCGGGCUUGGCAUCGGCCGAGCCACCGCCUCUCGCGCAACGUUCGCGCGAAGAGUUCCGCUGGGAGCAGUGUUGGGGCCCCUUCCUGUUCAUCAACGCCACGGGCUUACUCACAGUGCCCAUCUUGCUGCAGCGCUUUUGUCCGCCAUGGCUUCUUCACCGAUGGCAGCGCCCCCACCACGCGCCACAUCGGUAGGUGUGUCCUCCACUCGGCCCCGCAGGAAGGCCUGAAUGUCGCGGCGGAGUGGGCCAACAAGCGCUUUGUGAGAGCCAACAUUGGCCUUCACGAAGCGCUCUCUCGUUGGUACAGGGGGGCGCCCCGGUCACUAUGGAACGCUUUCCCGCCCUUUUGGGUGCCAUGUUACAGAGCAGCCGGGGCAUGA